CCCAUUCCAUACGCUCGCUAGCUCGCAGCUGGCCCAGGAGUCCCAUGGAAGCAACCACUCCCCUCUUAACGCCACAUUGAAUCCCAAUCAACGCCAGCGUCCGUCCGUCCGUCCGUCCCCUCCACCAUACGCCAUAGCUAACCCCGCAAGCUUCCUCGACCGACCGGCCGGCUUCGUACGCCCGUGCAGAGCCAGUGCGACGUCCAUCUCCUGCCACCCGGCUGGGCUAGCUAGCUACCUACCUUGUCCUCCUGUGGCUCGCCGCGCUCCAUGACUCCCCAGGCCUGCGCGCGGAGGCCAUGAGACGACCCGGCGGCGCCGCCCCCGUCGUCGUCCUCCUCCUCUGGCUCGCCGCGCUCACCUUCGCCUUCCACGGCUGCGGCGGCGGCCUCCUCCGUUGCGGAAGCUCGGUGGCCGUGGUUGAGCGGGAUCGUCGUCCGGCCUCUCUUCCCAGGAAGAUGCUUCUGGCCGUGGAGAGCCGGAGCCUCGACCCCUCGUCGGCCGCCGGUGCUCCACAAGAUCAACACCACCACCACCACCAGCACCACCAUCAUCAUCGUGCUGGUCACCACCAUCGUCAACGGCACCACCGCCUCCCAAGCAAAUGGAACUGGCAGAGAGUCCCGCCGUCCGCCGCUCCCGGGGACGGCGAGGAGGUCGACCCGCGGUACGGCGUGGAGAAGCGCCUCGUCCCGACAGGCCCGAACCCGUUGCAUCACUGAGGGCCGCCGGGCUUCCAUCCAUGGGCGAUUCUUCAUGUACUUAUCCUGAUCAGAAGCUGCAAAAGCAUGCAAGGGGGAGGGAGAAAAAGAACCGAAAUUUUACUAGCUGUGGUACAUAUGAAUUAUUAUUAUGUUGUGUUGUUGUUGAGUAUGCGUCUCUUCCUCUUUCACAUUUGUAGUUUGUCCAUUCUUUGAUUUUCUCUGCUAGCUGCAUGAUCAAAAUCUUGGCAUGAAUAAGAUGAGUACGACUGCAGGUGACAUUUGCAUGUACUGCA